AUGUCACAUGAGCCAAAAGGAAGCGACACCAUGUGUGCUUGUUAUGUUGCAAUCACAAUCUUCUGUUACGCGUGUUACUCAUGUUUGUCGCGUAGCGUUUAUGACCCAUUGUCAUUCUUCGUCUACAUUUAUUUCCAGAUAUUGGAAGGCCUUCUGCGGUUGCCGGAGAACAGAGAAUGUGCAGACUGCAAGUCAAAGGGUCCUCGAUGGGCAAGUGUCAAUCUUGGGAUCUUCGUAUGCAUGCAGUGUUCUGGAAUUCAUAGAAGCCUUGGGGUACACAUAUCAAAGGUAAGGUCUGCUACUCUGGAUACAUGGUUGCCAGAGCAAGUUGCAUUUAUUCAAUCAAUGGGAAAUGAAAAGGCAAAUGGCUAUUGGGAAGCAGAGCUGCCCCCUAAUUAUGACAGGGUUGGGAUAGAGAACUUCAUCCGUGCAAAAUACGAGGACAAGAGGUGGAUACCGAGGAAUGGAACAUCAAAACUGCCCUCUAGUGCUCGAGAUGAGAAGAGCUCUGAAUCUCAGGCCAGUCAUGCUAACAGGGGUGGGCACGCUCAAAAACCUUCAUUUGAGCAACAUCGUGUUUCACCAGCUGCUACGAAAAGAACUGUUCCAGUGGCUUCUAGGAUGCACACGCAGGCAUCACCUCAGCCAAAAGCAGAACUACCAGUUCCCAAGGUUGCUUCGCCUCCUCAGCCAGCAAAAUCUCCUGCUAAAGUUGAUGUGACACCCCCAAAAGUUCAUCAGCCAUCGGUUGCACCCCCUCCUAAAGUUGACUAUGCCAUUGACCUCUUUAACAUGUUAUCGAUGGACGGAACAACUGAGAAAGAACCAGUGUCAUCUUCCAAUGAUGAUAAUGCUUGGGAUGGCUUCCAGUCUGCAGAACCAGCACCUAACUCCGAGAAAAAGGAUACUGCUAAGCCAGUAGAAAGUAAGGCCCAGUCUACAUCGGGAAUCGAAGACUUAUUUAAAGACUCGCCAGCUGUGGCAGCGUCUUCAGCUCCAGUUGCUUCCAAAUCAAACCCACAGACAGAUAUCAUGAGUCUGUUUGAGAAGUCGAAUAUGGUAUCACCAUUUGCUAUCCAUCAGCAGCAGCUUGCUUUUAUGACCCAGCAACAAGCUUUACUGAUGGCUGCUCUUAAAUCUGGAAAUGCACCCCAAAUGGUUCCUGGGAAUGCACCCCAAAUGGUUCCCGGGAAUGCUAGUGUGCUAAAUGCUAAUGGUUCUAAUGCCCCUAAUGGAAGCUUGCCUUCCCAUAGCUGGCCAAAUCUAGGUUAUCAGAACCCUGCAUCUAUUCCAGCAGCAGCACCACAAAAUGGUGUCGCCAAGGCUGGGAACAACAAUCAGGACUUCUUUUCUGGUAACUUCGGUUUUGGUUCGCCGGGCAAGCCAGCAAAUGGGGCCACAACCGCAGGUGCUAACAAGAGCGCAUCCACCCCUACCUCUUCUACCCUGCCCUCUCAAUCAGGCAAAGAGUACGAUUUUUCCUCAUUAACGCAAGGAAUGUUCUCGAAGCGAUGA